UGCUUUUUGCUUUCUGCUUGCUGUUUGCUUGUCAGCCUGCUUGGUUGUUGUGCAAGUGUUUUUCACCAAGUGAGCAAAAAUAAGCAGUUAUUAACUCUUCAUUAUUUCACAUAAUGUGCUUUUCAAUUUAUAUUUGUCGUAGGCUGUAGACAUCACGGCCAGCGCGCGGACAAUCAAUGGUGGCAGCAAUAGACAGGGCAGAGUGUCGUCGUUUCACACGGGCAGCCAGGGUAAAUUUCCUCGCGCGGCAAUGCUCGUCCCCAGCACUGGGUCUCCGCGGAUCUACAAGCAGCGCACGCCUCAACCGACUCUGAUGACCGAUGCGUCACCAGGAGCCGACACAUCAACGCUGCACAACCGGCGAUCAGCCAACACCAUGCGCGCCUUUAAGCAACACCCAAUGCAGCAGCAGCAAAACCAGCCGAUGCCGCAACAUCACCAGCAUCACCAACAUCACCAGCAGCAGCAAUUGUCUCAGCGUACGCAGGUGCAGCCUCUGUCCGCGCCCGCUGCGUUCCACCAUGCGGCCAAAGCGGCGACGGCGGCGACCAACGACUACGUGCUGACAAUCAAGCUGGCUGGGCACAAGACCGAGGCCACAGUGUCGUCAGCACUGCAAACGUCGCUUGUGUCCUUGCCGCUGGCCAAUAUCCUGGGCGUGAUUGUGAACCCAGUUCCAGCCAACUCGCGCGUCUGGGCCAACGGCGGCAGGAGCUGGCCAGUCAUUGGCGAGAUCAUCGGUAUGCCGUUUGUGUGCGGCAACAUGACUUUUACGCACAGCUUCAAGGUCGUCCAGGGCAGCGCCGGCGCGAAGGACAUGCCGCGCGAUAUUAUGCUGGGCAACGACUUUUGCAUAGGCAAUAAAGGUCGCAUUAAAGACAACCACCUGCAUCUGGAGCAGUUAUGUAUGCCCAUCACCGUGCCUGUGCGCCAGAUCACUGCCAGCUAAACUAAUAUCGUUUUUUCAUUGUUGAGUGAACUCAAGCAGGUGUACUGUUUUAAUGCUUCUUAAUUUUUCACUUAUCUGUGUGUGUAUGUGUGGAACGGCAAAAUAUAAAUAACUACGUUAAUUUGAUGUGGGGAGAGGAGAUACUUCUGAGAUAUGUACACAUGGUCUGGCCAAUAGUAUUCUUUUCUUUUUUCUUUUUCUUUUU